GUUCUACAUGGUCAGCUACUACGAGCGGAGUCAUCGAAUAGCAGUUGGAUCUCGCCAUGGUUCAGUGGCCCUCUAUGACAUCCGGACUGGAAAAUGUCAGACAAUUCAUGGCCAUAAAGGGGCAAUAACAGCCGUGGCUUUUGCACCCGAUGGUCGGUAUCUUGCCACUUACUCCAACACUGACAGUCACAUUUCUUUCUGGCAGAUGAACACCUCUCUGUUGGGAAGCAUCGGGAUGCUGAAUUCUGCACCGCAGCUGCGUUGUAUUAAAACCUACCAGGUGCCUCCUGUCCAACCUGCGUCUCCAGGUUCACACAAUGCCCUCAAACUGGUCAGGCUUAUCUGGACUUCGAACCGCAACCUUAUUCUUAUGGCCCAUGAUGGCAAAGAACAUCGAUUUGUGGUAUAAAGUCAGGGUGUGUGAAAGAGGCUUCUCCUCCCCCCCCCCUCAAAAAAAACCCGGUUCUAAAUCCCAUUGUGUUUUGAAAGUUCUUGUAAAUUGAUUCUCCCUCUUUAUGAUCUUAAUAUUGGAGGUAUUAAAUACCCAAAGAUGUAUGGACCAGGAUUGGCCAGACAAUAUAUGUUGUGCUUGCUUCGUCAUAACAGAGCACUCCUUUAGAGCAGUGUUUCUCAACCUUGGCAACUUUGAGAUGCCUGGACUUCAACUCCUAGAAUUCCCCAGCCAGCUGGCUAGAGAAUUCUGGGCGUUGAAGUCCACGCAUCUUAAAGUUGCCAAGAAAACUUUUAACUUUGGAGAAAUGCAGACCCAUUGAUCAAUUAGAACAUCUUGCAAGAUUUUUCUUUUUAUCACUCUGAGAAAAAAACAAACAAACAGGAGCUUGAGUAUGUAACUUGAGCCUGGCUAGAUUGGUGAGAAUUUUGAUUCUACUGACUUUGAAAAAGAAAAUCACUUCACAAUGUUAAAACUGGUCUGAAUCUCAUCAUUCCGAGAAUGUUAAAAUCCUCAGAGCCUAAAUAGAAGGGGGGGGGGGGAUCAUUCGAAGUGUUUUGAAAUGUCAUGUUUACCAAAGCUCAUGUGUUUACACAGAAAUUCUUCCAAGUUCUUGGAAGAUCUUGGAGUAAGAAUGCUCUGUUCAUUUCUGAAAUUCCAGAUAAGAUCAGGAGAGAUCCACAAGUCCCCAUACAUACUCUUUUGGCAUUUUCUACCUGGAAAAAAAGAGAGUGUCAUAUGGCACCUAAACAUCAAGAAUCUGUGAUGCCUACUAAAGCCACUGGUUAAUGGCAUUAAAGACCCAUUAUAUAUUUUAGGUUUGGGGUUUUGUAAGAAAAUGUAUAGAAAAGGAGAAAUCAUUUUCUUUAUGUACUUUCUAAUCAAGAUGGAAACAAUAGCAUAUUCCCAUUAGCGAAAAGGUGAUUUUAUGUUUCUUAGGUUGGGGAGAAAGAAUACCCCCAGUUAUUUUUUUUUUCUUCAAUGAAAAUGUACACAAGAAUUAUGAAAGAGAUAAUGGGGAUAUUGAUAUUUUCUUUGCUGCUAUUAUAUGUAUCAGUAUCAUAUCUAUGUAUCCACAAGUGAGCUCUUCCACAGCUUCCUCUUGCAAAGAAAUGAAGACUCUUCACAUUUACAUCAUCAAACUCUACUGUGACAUAAAUAUGUCUCUAAUUAUGACACAGCAAACAUAUCAUUUGGAUUAAUCAGAGGAAAGAGAUUUAAGAGAAUUAUUUAAUAAAGUAUAUCUUUAUCAUUAUUACAAGAAAUACGAAGAAAAGUUAACCUUCGGGUCCAUUUCGAGUGUUAUCUUUAAUCAGAAAAAAAAUUCAUAAUAGGCUGAUUAGCAUUCACAUAUCUCCUAUGUCUUAUAUAUUUAUUUUUUUUCCUGAAAAACAUUGUCUGUCUCCCAUCCACCCCUUCCUUAUGAAGCUGAGGGAAAAAAAUGUAGAAAAUAUUUUAUUGAAAUGCUGGUGUGUUAAACAUACUGUAUGUAUAGUAUACAUGGACUUCUAGACUUGAAUAUGAGAAUACAGAGAAAAAUGCUCAGUGCAUGCUGAUAAAUUUAGCAAAAAUGGUGCCUGUGGAAAAUUUGAUUGUGGAAAUUGAAGGGAUGAAGAAUCAAGAAAGACAACUGGAUGUAUUUUUUGGAGCACAGCACCUGUAUCACCUCCCCAGAAAUGAAUGUUGUCCAUCAUCUUUGCCUUCCUGAAUAGCACUGAAACAUUCCUGGUGCUUUGCAAUACAUUGAGAUUAUCAUCAAACAGUUUAAUACUGUGUAUGUAACUAACAUUAUAUCAGCCAUAAUUAGUUACCUUGAGAAUUUUAAAAAAAAACAAUAAGAAAUUGUUCAGAAUGUUUUACAGCACUGUGACUUUGUGCUAUUGACUUACGGUUUGGUGGAGAUAAAUUCAGUUGUAAAUUUUCAGUUUUUUGAGGAGAGGUGGUUAAAGAAACAUAUCAUGUAUGAGCACUGUCCCCAGAAUACAUAGAAAUGUACAGCAUUGUUGAAUUCUAUUACGCUGACGGCAUAAAUGGUACAGUGAAUGAUAUUUAGGGAUACUCCCUGUUAAUUUUAUUUUUUAUGUAUAAUUUCUUUUGUUACUCACACAUUCUUUUUCCACAUUGAUUCCUGCAAUCCAUAGGAACCUGUUUAUUUGUAUGGAAUGAGGAAAAAAAGAAGAUUCCUUAUUGCAAGGUUGGCUAAUAUUUCCUGAAAUAAACAAGACUCUGCAGAGUCCAUUUCCAAGCAAUACGGCAAAUUGGAGAGGCAGCUUUCCACAUUUACUAAGCUAUUUGCAUAACGGUACUUGUUGCAUCUCAGCAGGGAACCUCCAAUUCCCCUGGGAUACUUGGAUUUCUAGCUGCCAUCAUCCCAGAAGCAAAGGAUUGUGGGAGUGGUAGCUAAAGUGUUUGAAGGGCACUUGGGGCCUAUUAUUAGUGUAGGUCUACUAAGGACAGAGUCCUACAUUAUGGUAAUCUGAGGGUUGCCAAUUAAAAAGGGCACUCCGGUAUGGAGGUUUUUUGUUUCCCUUCAAAACACAGUAAAACAUGGGUGUCAAACUCGUGGCAUCACAUGACAUUUUUCCCAUUCGCGGAGAUGGGGUGGGAUUGGCCUGCGCGUGACGCAUCUGGCCCAUGGGCCGCCAGUUUGACACCCCCAGUCUAAAAGUUACCUACAAUAUGAUACUAUAAAGUUCCUUAAACGACCUAGGAAGAAAAGACAAAUAUGUAAUAUUAUGCAUCAGGAUCUAGACAAAAAAAUGCCACCUACUACAGGACAAGUUUGGGGAACCAGCAAGUGACUCCCAUUUUGAUAUACUGCAGGCUUUCUGCAUUUAUAACAUGGAAGCCCAAUUUGGAUAUUCCAAACAUACUACACUGCGCUAUACAAAAGGAGAGCAAAUCGUUUCAGUUAUGCUGCACUAUUUCAGCAGGGCUUACAGGAGAGUUCAUCUUUAUUUUGAGUAGAGGAUGUCCGGUUCCUAAAUGUUAUGAUUGACCCUGUAAAUUCUUCCUUUUACUUUGCCGUGUCUUGUUUUUCCAAACAAAGAAUUUCCAGCAUUUUGAGAUACGAUGGAAAAACAGAUCCGCCUGCUUUUAUCCACAAGGCAUUAUUUGCUGUUGCGAAGGAUCUAACCCUGUUUUGAAUAUUACAAUGGUGCGGGAGGGUCGAACUCUUGGAGCUGUGUCUUCGGCAGAUGCAUAACGAGAUGCAUUAUGCCUGUUCAAACAAAAUCAGACCAAUAGAAAAUCUGGCCUGUACAAAGGAGUAAUUGAACAGGAGAAUCAAUAUUUAUGUACUGGUUACUUGAACAAUCCACUUGGCCCGGCACAGGAGCCUUGCAUGACUCCUUUCACUGAAACCAACGGUGCUAUGCUAGAGUAGCACUGAGUGGAUUUUUGCCAAGGCUUCUUAAUUCCCUUAAGAUUUCCCCUUAUGCAAAUCUGCAUCGGAGAGACUGACUCGGCCCUCGCUGUAAAUUUCAUCAUAGCCUAGAUCUUUCAGCACUGCAGUAAAAUUUGUAUUGUCAUUCCAGUGUAAGCUUUUAGUGUUUUAUUGAUUUGUUUAGUACUGUAUUUGGAUUUGUCCUUGUAAAUGUAGCAACGUGCGUGGCUUCAUUGGCAGUUUACAAGCAAAAGAUGACAUGAUGAGACACCUGUAUGAAAAUGUUGUCACUACUGAAGUCGCAGUGUAUUGGUAACUGAUUAAAAUGUCUGCCUCUAAGAAACUGCACGAUUCCCCUCGUUAUUUGCUGUCCGGAUAGAAAGGACCUAAAUGGGUACUUUCUCUGAAAUAACACUAAAUUGUACUUGCGUUCUAAUUUUCACUAUCCUACUUAAGCAUUGUUUGCAUGAGCCCCCCCAUUGUAAAUAAGGCUCAGCUCUCCAUGAAUGAACUUAACACUUGAUGGCAAAUGAAUGUUUUAUUUGCUUGAUUUUAAGAACAGAUGAAACAUGUUGAAGGACUGAAAGAGAUUAAUCCUAGAAGGCAAAAAAAAAAAAAGAGGUAAUGACAAGAUCAUAUGCAGAAACAAAUCAAAGCAACUCUUCUUUCCAAUACGUUCCAUAAUAAUGUAUUGCUGUGAAAGCGGACGGUGAAAUAGAGUUUAAAAAAGAGACAAAAGAUAGACCUCUUCAAAUUAUGGAUCUGGAGGUAUUAACCAAGAGUGCCAUGGAGCACAAGAAGAACCGAUCACUCAAUCAGUCCUGGACCACAUGCAGACCGACUGCUCCCUUGAGGCAAAGAUCAGCAAACAGAAACUCACGUCUGCAAGCAGAUGAUGGGCUACAUAAAUUGAUGAUGAUUGGCAUGAAGACAGUGAAUAAAGAGGAUGAAAUGGAUGGAUGGAAUCAGGUCACAGAAACAUCCUUUAGAAAAAGUACAAGUUUCUGUCAGAGAGGGGUCAAAACGGUAAUGACCUACUACUAAAUACUAAAUGUAUAAACGCGAGUUUUAGUCAAACUAGCUUAUAACAAUGCUGGGCCACUUGCCCAUGAAAUCAUGAGAACCUCAACAGUACCUAGAAUACAUUAACAUGAAUAAUAGUGCCUCGCGUACUGUACGUACUCACCACAGGGAAACGGCAAAGAAUUUAGCAACACUGUCACAAUGAAAUCUAUAUUUGAGUACAUUGGAAGCAUUCUGGCUUUCUAGGUUUGCUGACUGUUGCUAUUAGAAUUUUCCUGCAGUAAUACUGGAAAUUACAGCUUGGCAAUUCCUGGGUGGUGCUAGAUUUUCCUCCGUUUCACUGGAUGUUCAGGUGGAGAAGAAUCAACUGUAUUUAUUU